GGGGUAGGGAGGGAGGAUCGGGGUGUUGCUAACCCUAUAAAGGCGCGUGCAGGACGCACGCUGCGCUCAUUAAACUCCUCACCUCCAUCGCGACGCGCACGGGACCGAGCGCUUCCACACAGACACUGAGAGAGACUCAGACACACACACAUAGCUCAGAUAUCGCUGGGUAAUACCUUCAGCAUUCGCCCUAUAAAGAUUGCUCGCUCCAUCGACUCGCUCGGCAUCGCUAGAAUCCUCGUGCAGUUUCGCGGAUUUGAGUCUCGCGUGGCUGCGAGGAUCAUCCCGCAGCUCUAGAUCGGCGGGCGAGCGAGCUGGUGAGCUGGUGGUGAGCUGGUGAGCUGGUGGUGAGCUGCUCUCUUUGCUGCACGUCGCUUUGCGGCGCUCAUAAGCACGAGGAGACAGCGCGCAUCACGCUACGUGCUGCCCAGGUCUGGCUCGGGAUUGUCAACUGCGCUCCCUCCUCCUCCUCACCGCUCAGACAUCAGCUCGUCGAGAGCCCUAAAGCGAAGGCUCGAGCAGGCGAGAGGGGGGGGGGGGGCGUCAUGAUGAGCCUGGCGCCGUCGCGCGAGCCGUCGGCCGGCGUGCCCGCGAAGAAUGCCUAUCGCAUGGUGGUGCUGGGAGCCUCCAAGGUGGGCAAGACGGCGCUCGUGUCGCGCUUCCUCCUCGGCCGCUUCGAGGACGCCUACACCCCCACCAUCGAGGACUUCCACCGCAAGCUGUACCGCAUCCGCGGGGAGCUCUACCAGCUGGACAUCCUCGACACGUCCGGGAACCAUCCCUUCCCGGCCAUGCGCCGGCUCUGCCUACUCACAGGCGACCUGUUCGUCGUCGUCUUCAGCCUCGACAGCCGCGCCUCCUUCGAGGAGGCCAAGCAGCUGCGGCUUCAGAUCCUCGAGACGAAGGCGUGCCUCAAGGCCAAGCGGCGCGCGCUCGCCCACGACGCGUGCCGUCCCCUCGUGCUGUGCGGCAACAAGGGCGACCGCGGCGACGCCUGCCGCGAGGUGGCCCGGCGGGAGGCCGAGGAGCUGGUGGAGGGCGACGCCGCCGGCAGCGCCUACUUCGAGAUCUCGGCCAAGCGCAACACGGGCGUCGACGAGAUGUUCCAGGCGCUGUUCGCGCUCGCGGGGCUGCCCAGCGAGAUGAGCCCCGCGCUGCACCGCAAGCUCUCGGUGAGCUACUGCGAGCUGCUGGCGCGCAAGUCGCUGCUGCAGAGGCGCAAGGGGCGCAGGCGGCCCGCGGCGAGGGAGGGCGGCGGGCCGGAGGAGCGGCCGAGCCGCGUGGAGGAGGAGGAGGCGUGCGGAGCGAUCACGCCGUUCGCCCGGCGGCCGAGCGUCAACAGCGACCUCAUGUACAUCCGCGAGAAGGCGCUGGGGAAUCCGCGCGAUCGCUGCGUCGUCCAGUGACGUCGUCUUCGUAUUCACGUGCCGUGACGUUUCCCAGUGGAGGAGGAGGAGGGGGGGGUGGUUCUUUCUCACUGUUUGGUACCGGGGUACUGAUGUGUGGGCUGGGUGGGUGGGUGGGUACAAGGGAAUGUGUAUUCAUUUUUCGUAAACACAAAACUAAUUCUGGAAAAAUGUUGCGUUUUUUAACUUUCUCAAUUUAGAGAAGAAAACUAAAAAAAAAGGUGUCCUCUCUUUUGGUUAUUUUUACUCGCGUGAGUGAGCGUGUGCCUGUCACCUCGUGUGCGAGCUGCGUGCACGGGGGUCAGCGAGCGGAGACCGCGGGAGCCACCGACGCCACCCGUGCCAGGGCCCUCCUCUCCUCUCUUCCAUCGAGCACCGCGUGGUGAGCAAACAAAAAAACAUCACUCAGCUCUGCGCUGCCAUCAAGAAGAUGACGAAGCUACAGCCGGGGGCUCCGAUCACGAACAGUAAACGUCCCGUGGCAGAGGACGGCUCGACCACAACGACACUCCUGAGCCAAGACGCAAGACGGACAGAGAGAAUGCACGAAGAGCAUCUUCAGAGAGAGAACGCGGUUUUUUGUAAACGUUGAGAAUAACUUUGACAGAGAGGCUGCAGUCAGAGCUGUGAGAAAACGAAGUGACUUUGGCCCAGUCCACACGGGGUGAAUAUUCGCGAGCGUGUCUUCUGUCCGAACUGCUGAUGGGCUCCGACCAGCGGCGUCAAGGUGUCGUGGUGAGACAAGUCGAGCGAGGGGCGCUAACGACGGAGCGAUGGGCGGGGAAUUUUAGCCGCAAAAGACAACGAGUUGCCGCUGGACUGGAGCAUAACCGCUUUGUCCGUCGGCGGUGGCCACGAGCGCGGCGCGCUUCAAAGAGCGACGAUGUCCGAAUGGCCACUCGAUGAUACCCAGCGAUACCAGGCUGGGUUUCAUCAAAACCCGGUGGACCAGGCUUUGGGCUUGAAUGCCAUGAGCGGCAGACGCCGCUAAGAGAGCCACGGGAGGGAUACACGGCGGCAAAAUAUCGCGACGGAAACAACGCCCAUCGCCUCCUUCUCCUCCCCCCUCCUCCUUCCCUCCCUCCUUCCCCCCCUCCUGCUCCUUCAAUCCGCGCGUUCGGUUUUCUCGGUCGCCGCGAAUUUGAGCUGAGUUCACGAUCGCGGAGCAAAACAAACUGCAGCGCGCUGUGGUUUUGAAGUUGAUUCCAUCACACUCGUGCACCGAUGUCGAGGAAGGCGAAUGGCCGUUUAAUUGUUUAUUAUUAUCAUCAUUAUUAUCACCACAGCCCGGCUGCGGUUUCAUCAAAACCCAGUAGACCAGGCUUUGGGCUUUAAUGCCAUGAGCGGCAGAGAUCUGGAGAGGCAGGGGAACGAGAGGAUGGACGCGCCGACUGAUCACUCCUUCGCCCUCCACCUCCAGCCCUCUCGCUCCACAUAGACACACACACGCACAGAUAUACAGUGAGGGAAAAAAGUAUUUGAUCCCCUGCUGAUUUUGUACGUUUGCCCACUGAAAAAGAAAUGAUCAGUCUAUAAUUUUAAUGGUAGGUUUA